UGGCUAUGGACUUUAUGUAUUCUGGAUAUUGAUUCUGUUCAUUUUUAUGUCAAGUUUUUUUUUCCAAGGGUAGACGUCAGAGAGACGAAAAAAGGAGUUGUGUGUAAUAUCUGUGCAUAUAAAGACCAUAUCCUACUUAAACUUUCUGUUAUUAAUGCCAAGUUAUCGAUCCGAUAUAAAAGAAAAUGGAAGUCACUUCUGUUGUUUUAUAAACUUGAUGAAAUAAUCGUUUCACAUAGAUGGGCGUAUCGUCUUAUUUUUAUUGAAUUUAGGAUAUUCUAUCGAACAGUAAUCCUGGCUUUUAAUUUUCUGUUGAUUAUGUGGAUAAAAUAUUGUAGCAAACAUAAAUGUUUGUAUUAGUUUGUGAAGUUAAGACCGUUUGGUACACAAACAACUCAAGCAAUGUUCAUUUUUAUCUUUUACUUUCCUUUCACAUGAAUGUUUUCACAGAAUUUAACACAUUAAAAGUUUUGUUGACAGCAUUCAGAAACUGGGGUGAUGGGUUCAUGACUGUUGCAUGUGUAGCAGGAACACUUGUUUAAGACAGAGUGUAUCGCUGAUAGCAUGUUCUCUUCACCCUGCACCCAUUUACCUGGCUAGCUGUGCAAGCAGGGGAAUGACCGUGGAAUGGGUGGCCUAGCACCCAAUUUUUUGUGUUUCAGUAGUGGGAAAAAUACAGUGCCUGCACUCUGCUCACCACAGCAUGAGCUAGUCAUUCCUUUCCUUUGAUUAUUUUGAGUACGGGGGAAAUACCUUUGCACUGUGUAGUUGAUGUGGUCCGCCGUCAAGUGGCUCAGGUAUAUCGAAAUACUCUUUCCGUUAGGUCCCUAUUUUGAGUGCAGGAGAAGCACCAAGAUACAUGUAUGUGUUAUGGUUCACUGACAAGAGGCUCACAUACCUCAAAAUCCCACAGAUUUGAUUUCCCUUAUUUUGAGUGCAGUAGAAAGAACCACAGCACUGUGUAAGUGUUCUGGUCUGCUGACCAGUGGCUCUCGGAUCUCCAAAUACCACCUUUUAGUUUACCCAAUUUUGAGUGUGGGAGAAAGUACCACUGCGCCAUCUAGGUGUUCUGGUCCAUUGACAAGUGUCUCUGAUACCUCAAAAUCUUCUUCCUCUUCAGUUUUUCCCUUAUUUCAAGUGCAGGAGAAAGUACCACUGCAAGAUAUAGGUGUUUUAGUCCACUGUCAAGCAGUUCAUGUGCCUCAAAAUCCCUUUUUCCUGCCCCUUAAUUAUUGGUAAUUUAGUAAUGCAAGUAGAAGUAGGCAUUGAAAGAAAUGUAGGAGUUAGGUACGCGAAGAGUAGGAUGGAAUUGGUUUACAUGUGUAAAUAAAAUUAAUAAAUCCAUUUUUAAAUUACUUAGCUCUUUGUGUGUGUGAUUCAGCACAUGUACAUUUUUUCUUUGUAGUACAAAAGAAAUAAUAAAAUUCCUUGAGCAAAUGAAACUUGUCAUCUCAUACAUGUUGAGAUAGAGAAUAUAAGCAGUUGUGGUGUGGUGAGCACACAUGACAAGUGACAGAGAAACUAACCAAUACAAAGCUAAAUGAUGCACAAAAGAGAACACUGGAAAAAGCAGGGUUUUUUUGUGGACUCCCAAGGUUGGUUAAGUGCAGGUGUACAGCUGACGAAAAAAGAACACAAUAGAGAUAUAGUAGACUACAUAGCACACCAGACAAGUAAGAGCUAGAAUUUUAGUGAAAAAUUUUCCUUGGGAACUUAUGUCCUCUUUCCUGGAGCAACAAAGAGGAAUGAACUGAUUGGCACUAGGACUUUUAGGAGCCACGACUAAUGGAUGAUUAAACCUCCUGAGUGAGAACACAACACCAGCGUCCACCAUGCAGAACAGCUAUGGGGCUGCACUUGACUUGAGUGGCAAGCUCAUCAUCAAAGUGCAACUAGGGGAGGACAUUCGUCGCAUCCCCAUUCACAAUGAGGACAUCACCUACGAUGAACUGGUGCUGAUGAUGCAGCGUGUUUACCGGGGAAAACUCUCCACAAAUGAUGACAUUGUCAUUAAAUACAAAGAUGAAGAUGGAGAUCUCAUAACAAUUUUUGACAGUUCAGAUCUGGCUUUUGCAAUUCAGUGCAGUCGCAUUCUGAAAAUAACAUUGUUUGUUAAUGGGCAAAGACUGAGUGAUGUUGGAGAUAUACGAUCACUACGGCGUGAGCUACAAGCAAUACGAGAUCGUGUGACUGCCAUUUUGGAUCGAAUGGAUUCACCAGCAACGUCUGUGAUAUCUGCUGCAGAUUCAAGUAUAACUGAUGGGAGACCAGAUGCAGCAAGCAGCACCAAAGUCAGUGUGAGAGGUUCCGGGCUCACUCAUGCAAGUGCUGCAGAGAGCAAAGAGUUUGAUCCUCUCUCAACGCAGCGGUCCAUCCCUAAUGAUGAAAGUGUCACUCAAAAUAAAGUCAUGUCAUCUUUUGGCAUACCCAGUGAUGCCUCUACCGUGGCUCCAGUUCCAGACAGAGGGGGGGCUUCUACACCAGACAGCGUUUCUAGCAUUGGGUCAUCUGCUAGUCACCAGCAGCAGUUCCGACAACAGCAGCCCCAGCAGCAGUUCAGUAGCACGUCACAGGUGCCAGUGCCAGGAACACCACCCACUAACCAGCAGCAGCAGCCAGGCGCUUAUUCCCAGGGGACUGGACAACCUCAUCCCUUGCCUCAGGCAUUACCCUAUGGUCAGACACCAACUGCUGGCUCACCCCAGCAGCAGUACCAAGGCUAUGGGCAACAAGGCCAAGGAUAUGGUCAGUAUCAAGCUGGCCAGCAGCAAACGCAGCCUGUCUACAGCCAGUCUGCUGGACAGCAGUAUGGUUAUAUUUCACAGCCAGCACCUGGCCAACCCCAUCAGCAACCUCAGCAACCUCAGCAACCACAACAGCAACAGCCUGUUUAUGCUGGAAUGCCACAGCAGCAGCCAAACUUGCAGCAGGCUCAGAGUGGAAAGUUCACUGGAUAUGUUCCUCAGCAGACACCCAGCCAGACAUCCCCUAGUCCCACCCCUGGAGCAAACCCUUACUCCCGAGGGCCUGGCUAUGGUGGUGGCUAUCCGAGGCCUACAGCCAACUACCAACAAGGAUACCAGUGAUCUGAGUGCAGUGGCCAGGAGUGCUUGAGGCAAAAGUGUUGUUAUCAACAGUUUAUGGCAGAUACUAAGGAUUUAUAUUUGAGGGAGGGGGGAAAGAUGAAAAUGUUGGUGUGAUGUGAACUGUGUGAUUUGAGGGAGAGGUGUUAUGACUCCUAAGCCAUUAAUUAGUCUGCUGGCCAGGUUCAAGUCACCUUGCAGAAUAAAAAUAUUUCAGGUUCUUCUCCAUCCUCUACUUUGGGUAGAAUAAGGAAUAGUUAGGGUGCACCUACCUUUAAGCAGAAAUCAUCUAUUACCACCACCUCUUCCCUCCAUCUUCCAGGUGCCAGCUGGACCUUAUAAACAAAUGUACAAUAGCCUGUCUGUUAGAAAUAGGUCAACACUUGAACAUCUGCUUAGUGCAUUUUAGCCUUGUGUGUUUUUGGCUUGUCUCAUUGAUCUAAUUCUAGAGAGAAGAACAAAACUUUUAAGAAUUAUUGCCAUUACAGACUGUCACCUAGCAAUCAUAGAGGUUUGAGAGAACACAAGCAACAUGCAUAGCCUGUACAGCAGGGUUGUGAACAUACCAUCCAAGAGAAAAUCAAAAGAAAGAGAUGUGCAUUGUAGAACAGAUGUUCCAUUAACUUGUAUAUUCAUGUAUAUACAUUUGUAAAUCAUUUGAGUGUGGUAUAACCAUUCAUUCAAAUGUUUAGAGCAGUAACUUGCAGUCUUGCCUAACCAUGUCUGCAGUGCUGUAUCUAGCAUAUUUCACAGUUCUUCUGUUGAAGCACUGCAGAGGGGGGGGGGGACAAAUUCUUAUUAUUCCUGCUUUGUUUUUUCAAAUGAAUUUUUAAAACUUAAAUGCAUAAUUAGUAGCAGUCUGGUUUCUAAGGAUUUAUAUAUUAUUUCUCCCGAAGAUAAACAUGUUUUGGACCCAACAUUGCCUGUCAGUCUUUGCUACUCUGCAGGAUGAUAGGGAAACUACGUGUACUUAAGAGUUAUCUUGUCUCUUUUACAAAAAUUAAUGUUCUUUUGCUAGUGAAGAGUUAUGUUAGGGUGGAAAUCAUUAGCUUUUGCAUUCUGUUUAUAAGAAUGAAUGUAUUUUUUGUACUAUUGUCACUUGAGGACAAAAUCAUGGUAUAUAGAAUACAUGUUUAAGACAUGGACCUACACAGAAGAAAAGACAGUCAUACAAGAUUUUGCUGAUGGUGCAUUAAGGCAAAUACUCAGAGCAAUAAAUUUGUAGCAAAAUUAAUAGUUAUUGGUUUCUUCAAGAGUUUUGUCACCCCAGUUGACAGUGUUUGGAAAAGCAUUAAAGUACUUGGAUUUACAGAAAUUUUGGAGCAAGAUACAUUGGGUUAGGGAUGAGAGGAUUGGAUGAGAGAUAAGAUAACAUCUUAGAAGCAUACAAGGUUGACAUGGGUUUGAAAUGAGGACCACAGAGAUAAUGUCUAAGGAGCAUAUGGCUGUGAAGUGAGAAACAGAGAUCAUCUGCAUUGGCUGAAUCUUUAUUACCUCAGUUGCUAUUGCAGCUGGGGUGGAAGUCCUGGAAAAGAUUCUAUAAAUAGAAAUGUUCAGUGUUGUUAAGUGGCUAAUUUGCUUCACAGUUGUUACACUGGUCACUUGUACAUUACUGACAUACUGUGCAAUGUAGACAGAAGUCUAUCAGCAGACAGAAUUCUGGGAUUGCUUUUGUCUUGACAUGCAGAUUGCAGGAGAAAUGCAUGGGCCUGAAGGAUUGUGGUGUGUGUUGGGCAGUAAGCAAAAUGACUCGAAGAAUGUGGAAUGCAUGAUUUUCAGAACAGUAUGUCUGCCUGCAGUCAUGCAUGUGAGGUGUUUGCAGCAUAGGAAUGUGUAGAAUUUAUCAGGUACUGUUAAACAGCAGUGUGUGAAAGUCACAUUGACACAUGGUACAAGUGCUGUGGUUAGGACCUGGAAAUGUCAUACUCAGACUUUUGACCAUCUGAUGAUAAAUUUAUUUUGGAUUUUUCUGGAGUGACAUAUAGGAAUCAAAAUAGCAGAUUCCAUUUUGUGUUAAGAUGUACAUGUGAACAUCUGUUAUGAACAAAGUAGUGCAUGUACUUAUGUUAACAUCUGCAAGAAAUUGUAACAAUUUUGUUUUCCCCAUCUUCUCUGAUUUGGGAAUCCUUGAAACUGUGUGGUUAAUGCAAUCCACUUCAGAGCAGGUCUGAAAAGUAAGGCUCCUGCAGAUCACAGACGGUACACAAAUUCUCCUGUGCAAUCUGACCUGUUAGAAAAGGCUGAUGAAGGAGAGAUUUGGGCUCCUUUUACAUGCCAAGCUGUAGGUAUAGUGAAUCAGUUGCUGUUCACUGUCCUUUAAGUGGCUGUAGAACCUUUGUCUUGCCCAGUUUUGUAAUGCUAUUCAGUCCUGAAUAUUUUAUGUCUAAGUGGGUGGCUGUUAACAAAUACAUGAUCAUUGGCUUUAACCAUGAAGUUUCAUGUAUAGGCUUUUAUGUGUGUGUUUUUUCAAAUCUCAGAUUUGGUUUACAUGUGUAAGGGAUACUGUUUUUACGAGAUUCAUUACAUGAAUGGUCAAGAAUUUUGUGAGUAGAUGUUAAAGCAAAAGGAUCUCUGAGCCAGACUUGGCAGAAUAGAAUACACUGAAGUGUAAGACUGUCAAACAUUCUAGAGAAAAAAAUGGUCUCUGUCAAGAUUGUUUUUACUAGAGUUGGAGAGCCUGCUAGUGUUGGGUUUCACAAGAGGGAUUGUAAGGAACAGCAAAGACAGUGGAUAGAAGAAAAGGUGAUAAUUAGGUUAUAACAAGUGUAGAACUGUUUCCAAUUAGAUCACUCAUAACACUUUACUACCAUGUUAAGAAGAGCUACUUUUGGAAUCUAUAACUUUACUCACGCAGGUGAUGUAAGCUCAGAUAAGUAUGACCUUCUGGAAUAACAAUUUAUAUGUAUUACGAAAUUGUUAAGAUGGCAUUGUGAACCCCACAACAGAAUGUGUGGUGUUACAGGGUAAUUAGACCUUGCAGGAUGGCAUCGCGGAGCCUGAUCUUGGUGUUUAACUUUUAGUGUUUUUACAGACCCUGUUUCCAUAACAGUAGAGUUUUUUAUGGGACAGGGUUGUUAGCCCUGUGCCCAACCCCCAACCUGGAGGACCAUAACGGGCAGUAAGUAAGUUUUAACAGAAGCUGAAUGAUGUCUAUCAACCCCAGAUGUCUGAGCAAAGUUUACAGCACACCUUUGUGAUGAUUUUUGUUAGUGAUAAUCUGAUGGACCUUCAGGAAAAAUCUUUAUUUUCAGUUGGUUUUUUUUAAAAAUAAUUUGCACAAAAAGUGCUUGGUAUAAUGUUCACAAACCUCCCUGACCUAGCCCUAACUCUGGGAGUGGAAAUAAAAUAAUAACAUUGUGUUUCUGUGCCAAUAACAUGAUCAGAUCAUUUGCUUCAGUCCAGGUAUUAAAGUGUCUUUCGUCAAACA